GUUAAAGUCCUGAAUCAUAACUACUGAAUCCUUUUCAUAAAAGCCACUUUUAAUGUGAAGAAACACCAAGUUUUAAUCAAUGUUGAAACACUUUUCUACCUUUUGGCAAAAACGUUAAAACUGUUAGACUAAUGCUGUUUCUAUUUUGGCUGAAUUCUGAGAAUACAUUUCCAACUUGAAUACUUCUUUCUCAUUUGGCCUUUGUCAUCUUCUUCUAAAGAGAAACUUCAAUAUUCUAAAAGAGGAAAGAAAUGCUGUAGAAGGAAACCACAGAACUGAGAGGCGGAAGUGAAUCAGAUACUCUUUCAGUGUUGCACUGAGCUGUGAACAUGGAGAAUGUGUUGGUGUUCUGUCUGCUGUUUUUGGCCUCUCUUCGCUCUGCUUCUACUAAAGACAUGUUAUUUGAGGAAGGCGGUAGUGUGACACUCAAUCUGAGGCCUGCUCCUUCUAAACCGAUCACCGUGAUCGAGUGGAAGUUCAAUGGUAGUACUCUGGCAGAAUGGGCGAAAGAUGUGGUUGAGUUGACCUAUAAAAGAGCCAACACCUCACUGGACAUAACUACUGGACGUUUAGUUGUGCAGAAAAUGACCAAAACUGAUCAUGGUGAAUAUUCAGUGGAGGUUAACAACUGUGUGCAGACAGAGAAAUACCAAGCUGUAUUCAUCAAACGUGUUCCCAAGCCGAGCGUAUUGACCCAACCGUUGUCAUGCAGCACUGAAGAUGAACAAUGUAGCCUGACAUGUGAUGGUGACACCACCGAGGCUGAACCCGUCACCUACAGCUGGAAAACCGGGGCUGGAGAGUGGAAAGCGCCGGGGAGAAGCAUGAACAUCACCAAGGCAGAGCAUGGACAAGUGGAGACCUUCACCUGCAAGAUGAAGAACCCAGUAAGUGAGGAAGAAAGUGAACCAGUUACGAAUAAGCUCCACUCUAAAGUACUGUUCCUACCUGCAGACUCUGGACUCCGGGCCAUAGUGUUGGGCCUCGCACUGCUGGGGGCCAUGGUGAUGGUGGUGUCGUUGAACAGAGAGACUCUCAGGAAACGAAUGUGUCCAUGUCAGAGCAGAGAGGGCGAUUAUGAGAAUGAAGCUUAAGGAGGAUGUUUGCUUUUAUUUCUUAAGCACGUCAGCAGCGAAUGCAAUCAAAUAUGAAUAAAGUAGUGUAACAUGCUACUUUUUAAACAGCUUUGCAUAUGUUUCUGUUCAGUAGUGACAUAUUAUUCAUGUUUCUUGCAUGCAGUGUAUUUGGCAGUUAAGUAUAAAAUAAAACAUAUUUUUCAUUGCUUUUUAAAACA